AAAUUCAAAGUUAGUAGAGUUGUUGAGCAUGCUUAUACCUUGACUAUACCUUAGAGUUCGAUCCAUUUUCUUUAGAGUUCAGGUCCACACGGAGAAAUCAAUCAAAGCUGUGUUUCCACACUUAUAAAAAAGUUAUAAUGCAAUGACUUAUAUUUUUCUGCUUUGUUUUUGUUUUUAUACUAAUCUUUUUACUUUUUUUAUUAUAUGAGGAAGGUUCGUUUUGUGGUUCUUCUGCAAGAUAUAACCACUUAGGUUUGCUGGUUUGUUUUUUCUUUUUAUACUAGUCUUAGAUCUAAGAGUGAGGAAAGAGAGCUGCUUCUGGUUUUGUGGUUCUCCUCCGAGAUGAUCAGAAACAGAGCGAGUAGUCGCAGGCCUGAAUCCGUGUCCAUACAUGUUGAAAAUGAAAAUGAGUAUGAACUUGGCAGUAAUUUCAAUCGGAAGGCUAUUACCCUGAAGCGACUUUUUCUCUUCGUCAACUUCAUCCUCAAGCUUGUAACUGUUUUUUUUGGUCAGCUAUCUUCCCCGGAACACCCUGUGUAUGGAUUGCUUAAUAUGGUAAUUUCUUACAUAACCUUCAUCAUUUCAAUCAUUUUGCUUGUUUGCAAGCGUCGACAAGGGCGAGUUGAAUUGAGAUGGAGGUGUUUACUAAGAAAACCUGAUAUUGAAUUCAUUUGUGAUAUAGUUGAAUGUGUUAUUACGUCAAUAGCAUAUUUUAUUUUUUUGUCUAGACAUGUCGAUGAUCCUAUCAGGAUAAAUUUGUGGCCUACUCUUUUUGCCUGUGUUCGAUUGUAUUCAGCAACAGCCAAUCCUUCCCAAAGACAGCCAAGUGACUCACCAGAAAUAAGGCAGCCCAUCCCACAGAAUACUGAGUCAAUCCUACUAGAACCACCGAGUAAUGAGUCAAUCCCACCACCACCACUGAGUACUGUGUCAAUCCAACCACCACAGAAUACCCAGUCAACCGCACUUUCAACCCAGUCUGUCCCACAGAAUAGGGGGACAACCUUUACUGUGGCCGAGCUAAAAGCUGCCACCAAUGACUUCUCACCAAAUAACAAGAUUGGUGAAGGAAGCGUUGGUGUUGUUUAUAGGGGCAAAUUAGAUGGUCGUGAAGUUGCAAUUAAAAGAGGGAACAUUGGGGGGGCAAAUAGUAGCUGGUUUCAAGAGGACGAGAAUGGAAAUAGUAGCUGGUUUCAAGAGGACGAAAAUGGAUUUAUAUCUAAAUUAGCGGUUUUGUCAAGAAUUUGCCAUGAGAAUUUGGUUGGGCUUGUUGAAGAGGACUAA